AUGAAAUGUUUCCUCAAUCAUCAUGUCGCCAUUGCUGUCCCAGUACGACGAUUUGACAGAUGCUGUGCGCCAAUUGCUGAAAAGACGGACGGCAUUCAGUCGAAUGUCCGCAUACCAUCCCGAUAUGCGAAAAGUGAACAACUGAAGAGGCAACUAUUGACAAUGGCAUUCGUCUCCCUCGGAACGCCUCUCCAAUUCGCGUGGAUUUGUCCUCCGUACCCUAUUCACAAUAGUGAGGUAUUCGUAGACAUUCGUAGCUGUGGUUCCAGUGGAUCCAGAGAUUUCCCUUUCCAGACUAAGGAAAAAGCAAGCAGAUCUGCCAGGUGCUAUCGGUCAUCUGGCCGAUUGAAAUAA